AUGAGAGCAUUGCUAUUGCCGCUUUUGCUUCACAUUUUAUCGGUCAAUUUGGUUGCUUCGUUGGUUCGACGCCAAUUUCAUCGUGAUUCUACUCCUUGGGGAUUCCUGUGUUCAGUCAAAGGUGCUUACCGAUUGCCUUCGUAUCAUUCCAUACGUUAUAAACAUCAAGACAAGGAUCUUGGCGACCCAUUUUCAUCACUCAAGACGUAUCUGGGUGUUCUUAAACAGGAGUUUUGCAUAGCUGCGCAUGAGGAGGGCGCAGCUGUAUCGCCUCAAAACUCUCUGCCCGAAAGGUCGGCCGAGGAUGAUACAUUGGCUCAGCUGCGUCGUGAGCUUCGUGAGAGGCACGGUACCGAAUUCCCGCUGCGAGAGCACUACAUCAAGGGCACGGGCCCUGGUGGGCAGAAGGUCAACAAGUCUGCCAACUGCGUGCAGUUGAUCCAGUUUUCUGCUGCACUGGGUACCAACGUAGUAGUGAAGUGUCACAUGCAUCGUUCGCUGCUGGACAACCGUAUCGAAGCCACUAGGAUUCUGUUGCGCAAGCUGGACGAGGCCGAGGAGCAGCAGUCACGCGCCUUACGCCGUUUAGCCGAGAAGGAGAAACGCCGCAUCCUGAAGCUCACCCCUGCAGAGAAGGCUCGUAAGAAGUUCGAAAAGCAGCUGCGGGCAGAAAAGAAGGCGACACGGCGCCGGUGGAAGGUUGACGAGGAUUGGUAG